AUGAGUUCGAUGGCAAGCAGUCAAACACAAGCCGAAGAUAAUUUACGCUAUUUCGAUCCGAGAAUGAUGCAUCAGCCAAGCAAAGAAUCGAUGAAAUUGCGACCUCAUCUUCCGGCGGAUGUCAUUCUUUUCGUGGUCGGGGGCGGAAAUUACGUGGAGUAUGAAAAACUUGUUGAAUGGGGACGCGAUAAAGGAGUUCAACGUGUGACUUAUGGUUGCACUGAACUUGUUAGCCCAUCGCAGUUUAUCGAACAGCUUUCACGGCUUGGUGGACAACUU